AUGAAUGACAAGGGCAACGGGCAGGAGAAAGUGGUUUACUUCAAUGGAGCCAAACUGUUGGUGGAGACUCCCAAAGACCCCAUCUACAGCUUCAACGGUGGCAAUGUCACCCUGCCCUGCCACUAUCGCUAUGAGCCCGACCUGGAAGCCAAGCGCAAGAUCCGCAUCAAGUGGUCCAAGUUACGGGAUGACUACACCAAGGAGCAGGAUGUGCUGGUGGCCAUCGGCAAGACCUACGUGGCCUUUGGGGACUUCCGUGGCCGCGCUCACCUCCUCCAGGCCGGCCGGCGCGAGGCCUCGCUGGUGGUCAGUGAUGUGCGCCUGCAGGAUGAUGGCAAAUACCGCUGCGAGGUCAUCGAUGGGCUGGAGGAUGAGAGCGAUGUGGUGGACCUCCGGCUGCAAG